AUGAUGUCAACGAUCAAGCAUUUAGUGGUGCAUUGGUUUCAUACCGUAUCGGCCAUCAUAUUCAUCCAUUUGGGCUCAUGUGUCACGCCGUCGCUCAUACCGGAGCUCAUUAACGACAGCCACGGCCACAGGCAGACCAACUGGACCAACACCAUCGCCUGUCCCAAACACUCCAACUUGACCCAUCUCAAAUUGCUGGACAUUUCGCAUAAUAAAUUUCGUACCCUAUUUGCGGACGUGUUUCGCGGUCUUAAGCGGCUGGAAGUGCUGGACCUGAGCAACGGUCACAUCAAGUAUAUCGACGAACACGCCUUCGACGGCCUGGAGAUGCUUAAGGAGCUGAACAUCGAGAACAAUCAACUCUCGUCCAUAUAUUUAGAGUUGUUUCAAAGUAUACUCAAUCUUAGCGUGCUGAACGUCGGCGGCAAUAGUAUCAGUCACCUGACGGGCGGUAUAUUCGCGUCGAUGACAGGCCUUAGGAAACUAGUGCUGUCGCGGAAUCGCUUGAUUAGCAUCAAUGACAACGCGUUCGUCGGUCUGGAGCUGUUGGAGGAGCUGUACCUCAACGACAAUCACUUGACACGAGUGCCAUCGAUAGCGCUGCAGUCGCUGAAGAGGAUCAUCACCAUCGAUAUGGACGCCAAUCCGCUGGAACAGCUGUUGACCGGCGACUUUGUGCACAUACCGGUCAAUCGGAUCAGCAUGGCCAACUGCAAACAAUUGACCCUGGUGGACAAGGGCGCCUUCUGGGAUCUGCCAAACGUGAACACCAUAUUAUUGCACUCAAAUCCCAGCCUCCAGUAUAUCGAUAGCCAGGCCUUCCUGGGGGUACCGCUGCUGCACAGCCUUCAGUUGCAUGACUGCGCUCUCAAUACAUUUCAACACGACAUCAUUGACUACGUCCUCAACGAUCAACACAUUCACAGCAAACAUAAGCUUAAAAUCACUUUCCAAUCAAAUCCCAUACUCUGUGACUGUAAUAUUCAAUACUUAUAUCAGGAAUGCGCGCCAAAGAUCGUGACGAUUGGCAAACAAAAUGUCACAAUACAUAAGAAGAUCGGCGACAGACAUGUCUUCCAGUGCAAGGCGUUGGGACUCCCGGUGCCCAAAAUCAUAUGGAUUUUGCCAAACGAACAUUAA